AUGAAUUCCCGAUAUAAAGACUCUUUUCGUCAUUAUCAAGUAAUUUCUGAUUAUCGACUAUAUCAUAUGACGGAAUAUGCGAAGAAAAUGUCGGCCGAUAAAGGUGAUCAUCACACGAUCCCGUUAUCUGUGCUGUUGAAGCGUGAAUUAGCGAGUGAGAAGACUGAGAGACCGGAGAUUUCUACUGGUGAAGCUAAUCAGUCCAAGAAAGGGGAGGACUUCACGCUACUCAAAAGCGAAUGCCAACGGGUUUUAGGAGAUGGUGUCGCCACCUAUUCUGUUUUCGGGGUUUGUUAUCUUGACUAUUUCCCUCACUUACUGUUUAAUUAA